CUCACUGCUCACUGUUCAGCCAAGUCAAUCUUAAUAUUACUUUAGUUUACAGACUAUGUAUUGACAAAUGACAACUAUCCAAUUGUCAUAUCUACUUAUGACUUAUCUACAAAUUUUACAUUUGACGGAAUCCACGGAAAUAGUUUUCUACAUUUCAUACUCGACGAAUACGUGUUUGGCGCCUACGUAAUUGGAAAUAUGGAAUCAAAUAAACAUUAAAACAAUAGAUUGUAGUAUUGUAUACCUAUUUAAUUAUUACGUCACGUCUACAACACCGUAUCAACGAUCAAGGUUAUUACUUAUCCAUACUUAGUCAUUUGUUUUAAUUUAAUACAGAUACAGGAUGUACGUAUAUGGUAAAUAUAUAUAGGCACUAAAUGAGUAACCAAGUUUGGACAGAAUACCGAUGGAAACACAAUAUGAUUCAAAACAACAUAAUUGACUGGUAAAUGAAUGAUGGAUGUACUAGUUGAACCUAAGGAUAAACUCUUUGAGUUUGAUGAGCUUAAAAUGGAACCAUUGUCACCUUGUUUUGGUGAUGAUAUAAAAUUUAAUACUGGAAUUAGUGAUCUAGAUACCGAUUAUAUGAUGCAAUGGAACAUUGAAUCAUGUUUAGAAAAUGGUAUUGAUUUGGAAAACAAUUCAUUCAAAUCAUCACCUCCAUCAUCUCCUUCUUCUAAUGGGUCAAUGCCAAGUGGUGAUUCACAAUCAUCAUUUGAUUCAAACCAAAUAUUACCAAGAAUAUUAUCACCAAAUAUGAGUAAUGAAAAUACAAUAAUUUGUGAUACUAAUACAGUAUUUGCUAUAAAAUCUACAAAUGGAAGUAAAACAUUACCAAAACUGAAAAUAUCUCCAACUCCAAUUAAACCAAAUUUCAAUGCAGCUACUAGAACUAAUAACAAUUUCAAUGUUUCUUCAAUGCUGACUGAUCAAACUAAUCAAUCUCCAGUUACAAUUUCAAAAUCAUUUGCAUCAACUCUUCCACGAAAGAUUAUACUAACUCCAGAUCAAUUUUCAAAAAUAACUAAAUUGCAAAAACAAAAACAAAUUGAUUUGAAUAUACCAACUGCAAUACCAUUAGUAUCAAGUACAUCAGAAGUUAAUACUCAAUUGACAUUGCCAAUAGUUGAUAUUGAUUCAGCAAAGUCUAAAAAUUCUACUACCACUUUACAAUAUAAUCAAUUAAGUGCAAUAAAACGACAUCAACGUAUGAUACGAAAUCGAGAAGCAGCAAGCUUAUCUCGUAAAAAGAAAAAGGAAUACGUAACAUCAUUAGAAGAAAAAAUAUGUAUAUUGGAAAAAGAAAAUCUGGAAUUGAAAAUUGAAAAUUCAGCAUUAAAAGAACGGCUUAAAAUUUUCGACAAAUUAUCUUCAAUAACAGAUAGACCUAUUAUCAAAAAAGCCAAAAAAGCUACAGCUAUAUUAUCAGUAGUUUUAAUGAUUUCUUUAAAUGUUGUACCUUCAGGGCUUUUCAAUGUAAGGCAAUUCGAUAAAUCACAAAUGCAAAUGAAUCUUGGUGAAAAUUACAAUACAAAAAAUAUUGAAAACAUAAACUUUCAUAGCAGAAAUCUAUUAUGGGUCAAUGAUUUUGAAGACAGUAAUUCGUCGUUGAAUGCUACUGAACAUUUGAUGUGUCCAACAUUUAUAAAUGUAUCUGAAUCAAAAAGAAUUGAUAGUGAACUUCGAAAAUGGAUAGAACCAAAGAAUUUGAAGUUGUUGAAUGAUAAUUUAUCAAUGGUUUAUGUUGAACCUCCAAUUAUAAGUACAACUAUUGAACAUUCCAAAGAUAAUGAAUCCAUCGGAAACAAAGACAAAAAAAUGGAAAGAACACACAAAAGGAAUUUUAAAAAAAGAAAGCAUAUUCCAUCUAACAACGAUUUCAUAGAAAUAUUUGGUCAGUUGAAGUUAGAUAGUAAAGAAAGUUUAUUUGAUUCCAUUGAAAGGCAAGAUGAUACAUUCUAUGUUGUAUCUUUUUCUGGUGAUCAUUUAUUAUUACCAGCUAGUCAUAAUGCCUCUAAUACUACCCUUCGACCAAAAAUGUCACUUGUUUUUCCAACUCUAUCAUCAAAUGGUUCUGAUUUUGUCACUAUGAUUCAAAUUGAUUGUGCAGUAACUGAUACAAAAACAUUACAUAUUCGAGAUACUCACUUAAGACAUAAUAAUGAGUUUAAAAAUAAUGUUUCUUCAAACUUAAAGCAGCACAAUGGUCAUAGAAACAAUAUAGCACACAAGCCCUAUUUCGUACGACAAAGUUAUUCUGGUUCAAUGUUUAGCAAAAUGAAUCAUGAACUUCCAAGUUACUAAUAUUACAUGUAUUUUAAAAUCAGAAAUCAUAUCUCAAUCAUUUUCUCUUGUAGUUUAAUGCAAUUUUUUCUUUAAAAGCUUGGGUAUACUAUAAUAUACUAAUAAUAUGAAUUGUCAUGUUUACUAAUUCCUACAAAAAGUAGCAUUCAAUUGAAAAGUUAAACUACUGAUAUAUGAUCUAAUCAAUUAAUUUUUAGUACCAUAUUCAUAAUUUAGCAUAUUGUAUAUGCAGUAAAAUAAAAAAAUUAAAUUUUUAGUAUGUAUAUUUAAAUUUAAUAUUAUAAUAGGCUUUUUUGUUGAUAUUUUUCAAACUUUUUUUUGUAUAUAUAAUUCAUUAUUUAGAGUUUUAUUAUAGUAAUAUAGCCGAGUUAUAAUAACUUCAUUUUUUUUUAAUUUAUUAGAAAUUUUAAUUUAAAUCAAUGUUUUAAUUGGUUUAUCUUAAAGUUAUUACUUUCAAAUAUCAUAGUCAAAGUCUUCUGAAUGUUUUAUAUUUAUUGUAUUGUAUUGUAAUCUGGAUUGUCUAGAUUGUUAAUUCAUAAAAAUAAUAAUAUUAGAACUUCAAAUUUUGUAGAUUUUUUAGUAGUCUAAACUUUAUUCAAAAUGUGGUAUAUAUGUAAUGAUUAUUGCUUUCAUACUUUUUCAUACUCUCAGUCCCUUCCUACCAGUAUUUUAAAAGAAACUGUAAUAAAUAUGUAUCCAUAAUAAAUGUCCUUUUAUUAAAUCUAUGAACCUUAUCAAUUUUAAUUAUAUCAUUAAAAUAUAGAUUUAAUAUAUUUAUAUUUAUUUAUAUUACUGUAUUAUUAUAUAGCUUAGACAAUAAUAAUAAUAAACUAAUGACUGUUGAUGAAAGUUAUUAUUUUACAUUUGAAUCAUUUAAUGUAGAUAAUCUACAUGGAUUUAUGGUUUUAUAUUUGACAUAUUGACUAUUAUCAUUGUAAAAUGCUAUUAUUUAUUUUGAUUUUAUAGUAUACUAUUCCAAAAAUAAAAUGUAUUAGAAAAUAUUAAAUUUUAGAUUGGUUUGUAAUUUUAUAAUAAUCUUAAGUUGUUUAAAUUUUUUUAUAAACAAGCAAUAAUUUACUAUGAAUUAAUUUAACAGUAUUUUUAACUCAUUUUUAUAAAUAUUUUAUGAUCAAAAUAAUAUAGAGAUAUUCAAGGUUGUGUGUUAUUUAGAUUUGUUUAUUUUAUAUUUUAAUUUAUGUUAAAAAAAAAUUGUUUAUGUAUUUCUGUAAUAGUUCCUUAAAAAAAUGUGGUCGAUUUUUUAUUUGUUUUGGUUUAAGUAAGAUUCAACUAUAUUUAUUUAUGUAUUAUUAUAAUUUAUUUUCCUUUUUAAAUUUUAUAAAAUAGGUAGUGUAUUAUAAGAGUGAUUUUUGUUUUGUAUGUAUUUUAAGCUAAUAAAUGAAACAUAUUUAUAAA